AUGACGACGACGCGGGCCGUCCCACCGCCACCGCCACCGCUUCCACCGCGCGCUCGGACAGAUUCCGAAGGUCUGACCGCUUCGGACGUGCCUGAUGAACCGCCGGUGAGUCAUAUACAUCCAUCGCUCGGAGCACGGCCAUUCACUUGAACGCUGACCUGGCCCUUCUGCCACACUUUUAGCCAGCCUACGAGGCCCAACCCAACCCAGCGACCCAAGAACAAACGCUGCAAUACGGUCCCUCCCGACCCUUUCAACCCGCAGCUGCCGCACCUCAUCAAUUCUACCCUCAGCAUCAGCAGCAACAGCAAAGCCAAGGACCGUAUUCCCCUCCUCCUUCGUCCCUGCCGCCGCCCAACUUUCCCUUUUGGAAUGGGCCUAACCUAUCGCAUCAACAGACGGGCUUCAUGCCCGGACCUUUGAACCCACCACCACCGCAGCAAGUACAGCAGCAAGGAGGAGGAGGCAACGGUUGGGCUCCGCCGCCGCACCACCCCCACUCCUCCCCUCCUACCGCACCUACCUCCGCAGCCUACGCCCCACCCACUUCCCCACCCCCCAAUUCCACAACGACCCCAACCCCUUCACCCCCCAAGAACUACGCGCCCACGACCGUCGCAACCGCCGGCCAACCGCUGCUCCGUAACAACCACAUCCUCGUCUACCCCAUCGGCAAAGACUCGUGUCCAAAAUGUCACAACACGGGUUAUAAACCUUUCGUAGGAAGAGGUGGUGACGAUCCGAAUCAUCCGUGUCGCAAAGUGAGCAAAAUCCUCCAAGGAGGAGUCGGGAGCAACGUUGUGGUUUGACUGACGUCCUGAUUUGGAUCCCUUGUUCACAGUGUUGGGAGAAAUUCGGUCGACCGUUCACUGGAGCGAUCCGUAUCGCCGCCACAUCAACGCCUACACCACCGAAUUACCAAAGACCACUACGACCAUCUUAUAGGCCCCCUACGGGAAUCCAAUUCGGCGGCGGGGUUUAUCCAGGUGCGGCGUAUCGACAAGCUCAGAGGCCCGGGAUGAUGCAACAGCAGGCAACGGCGAUGGGGAAUACGUACGGUCAACCCAACGCGACGUUCAAUCCGCCUUCGAGGAUUCAUGUCACUCAUCAACCGCCGAUAGGUGGUGGGGCAGUAGGUACGUUCGGUCAAAUUCUCCUCUUAACUGCUCACUUUGCCGUUCUCGAACCCGAGCUGAUCCGUUCGCACUACAAUCCCCUCGCAGUCUUCCGACCAGGUGAUCCACGAUUAGGAGGUAUGAGAUGUUAUCGUUGCGGUGGGGAAGGUACGACCUGGGGUAUCUUUUUUCAGGAAGAGACGUGCGAUUUAUGUAGAGGCGUCGGGAGGUUGUAUUGA